AUUUACUGGCGCCAGCCGCAUCAGUCCGCGCCACAUCUCAUUAAUGAUCCCCAGCAGUGCAAGGAUCAGGAGGCUGACGCGUUCAAGCUGCAGUCAGCUGAUCGAAUCCCGCAACAGAUAACCCCGAGGGAAAAAAAAACGAAGACCGUGUUGUCUGAGGAUUCUAAUUUCUGAAUUUCAUAAACACAACACGGGGACCAUAUAUUAUCAAGAGGAUUAAACUUCCACUGGAGGAGCAAACGCAGCGCAUAUAAAGACUCCCCUCAAAAAAAAAACCCACAGCGGCUCCGCUAUGGAGGUGGCAGCGGCAGAUCAGUCUCGGUGGAUGGCGCACCAUCACGCCGUGCUCAACGGCCAGCACCCGGACUCGCAUCACCACAGCUUGAGCCACAACUACAUGGAGCCCAUGGCGCCUUUACUGCCCCAAGAUGAAGUAGACAUGUUUCUGAACCACUUGGACUCUCAAGGGAACCCGUACUACACCAACUCCCGAGCAAGGGUCACCUACAGCCAAGCUCACGCUCGCCUCGCUGGGAACCAGGUCUGCCGACCACACCUCAUCCACAGCCCCGGUAUUCCCUGGCUGGACCCGGGGAAAGCAGCUCUCUCCGCCGCCCACCACCAUAACGCAUGGGCGGUGAGUCACUUCAGCAAACCCGGCCUGCACCCCACCAGCUCCGGCUACCCGUGUAGCAGCAACACGGGCACGGCUCCGGUGUCCUCGCUCACUCCUGCGAGCCACUCAAGCCCGCAUCUCUACAGCUUCCCACCCACUCCGCCCAAAGACGUGUCUCCGGACCCGGGACCCACAUCUCCCACUCCCACGUCGACCAGAAUGGACGAGAAGGAUUCGAUCAAGUAUCAAGUGCCGUUGGCGGACAGUAUGAAGAUGGAGAGCUGCAGUCCGCUCCGCAGUGGCCUGGCCUCCAUGAACGGCCAGGCCCCGGCCACGCACCAUCCGAUCCCCACGUACCCGGGCUACCCUCUGCAUACCCCACACGAGUACAGCGGGAGUCUGUUCCACCCAGGGAGCCUCCUCGGAUCCUCGUCCAGCUUCACGCCCAAAUGCAAAAGCAAAGCCCGGUCGAGCUCAGAAUUAUAUGCAGAGGGUCGUGAGUGUGUAAACUGCGGUGCCACUUCCACUCCUCUGUGGCGACGGGACGGUACUGGCCACUACCUGUGCAACGCCUGCGGACUGUACCAUAAGAUGAACGGCCAGAAUCGACCGCUCAUCAAGCCUAAACGCAGAUUGUCUGCCGCUCGCCGUGCAGGCACCUGCUGUGCAAACUGCCAGACCACCACCACCACCCUGUGGAGGCGCAAUGGGAAUGGAGACCCAGUGUGUAACGCCUGUGGCCUUUACUUCAAACUGCACAAUGUCAACAGACCGCUGACCAUGAAGAAAGAAGGCAUCCAGACACGCAACCGCAAAAUGUCCAGCAAGUCCAAGAGGAACAAGCGAUCAGGGGACGGCUUCGAAGAGCUAUCCAAGUGCAUGCAGGACAAGGCCUCUCCCUUUGGCGCUGCCCCCGGCCUCACAAGUCACAUGACCCACAUGGGUCACUUACCCCCCUUCAGCCACUCGGGACACAUGCUGCCGACUCCCACGCCCAUUCACCCUUCAUUCGGCCACCCCCACCACACCAACCGCUCUCCGGUUUGGGCAGAGCCUCACUGAACUUCUCUUCCUGUCUUGAGCCACCGUGUUGCCAUUACCAUUAAAAGCCCCCCCCACCUGUCACUCAUAAUAAAACGGAAGCUGAGCAGACUUGCCGCGUCAUGUACAGUGGUCGGAUCCCGGCGCCGCUCCGUUGGACUUAAUAACUUCGGGUUGACUUGAUUGGACGGAGCGUCAAGCGGACUCUGUGAGGAGAUUGAAGCGCAAGAAAGAGAAUUUUUGACGCCUGUCGUUCUUUUUUUUUUUGCUUGUUCUUCCUAAGUCACUUCGGUACCCGCUUCACCUCAACCCCGUAGCAGGAAAUCCACGAGAGGUCACCGGUUCUGCGUAUAUUCAGAGGUAUGUGCACCCUGUCCACCUUUUCCCAGACAAAAAACUACUGUGGACAGAAGCUUCAGUGCUGGAAAUGUAAAGUCUGGCUGAACAGUAGAACCCAAAAACCGGUUCGGUUCUUCACAUGCUGGACUCAACGUUCCAUCACAAUGUUCACCUGUUUUUAAUAAUGGCCUUUUAUGGUGAAAGAAAAUACAGUAAAUAGAGUGUUUAUAAAUACUUAAUUGCUAUUAUGGUUGUUAUAUUUGAUGUUAUAAUUAUUGCUACAAUAAUUUAUUUUCACUCUUCAAGCUUUUUUUGUCAAAGACAUACAGAAAUUGUUCUGAUUUUGGUUUUAUGGUUAUGACGCAAAGGAAAACACUGACUUAUAGAUUAAAAAAAAAAAAGUCCCUGAGCUGUACGUUUUUAUCAUUUUUCCAUCUCACAAAAGUGAAGAAAAUAAAGUUUAUUACAUAAAUGCAAUGUCAA